CGCUUUGUAUUUCACCGUACGUCAGUCGCGUCGGAUCGCGUUUAUUUAUCGGGCUUCUUGCUCGGCAGCUUUUCUUUUGCGGUUUUAACGCGCACGCAACAAAAGAUUUCAAUCCUUGAUCCUUGGUGUCUGGUGCACUGCUAGCCGUGCUAAUGUGUUGCAUUUCUAUCCAACUAGCGUAUUAGUGGUUCUCUAAUUUUUCGGUGCUUUUGCGCGGCAUCUGUUCCGGGUUGUGGUGUGGUCGUUGUGGGCUGGAAGAAGCACGCAGACAACCGACGGGUCCGGCAGAACGGAGAUGCCGAAGAUGGCCGCCAGUCGAUCGCGACCGUAAGCAAUUGAUGUUGCUCAAGCAGAGCGUAUAUAGUGCGGCGAGGAGGUCGGUAAACCAGGCCGGAAGAACAGCACGGGGAAGUGCGUAAAAACGGCCACGGAGCUCUGGUUGUUUGGUGUUGAGUGGGGCGUGAAGACAAAUUACACCGGAUCAUCGAUCGGGCGUGCCUUUUGGUGCUGUUAAGUGAUCGCAAGAAGAGUUGCUGCUUUUGGGGGUGAGCGGUUGAUCGUUGUGGUGUUAAAAUUGUACGAAAGGAGAAAAGUGCACAUCCUUCGGGAGCGAAUUGUGUGAGAAGUGUAUAAAAUAGAAGUGUAUUGUGAAGUGGAUCAUAAGCGAAACAAUGUUGAAUCAGAUAAGAGUCCCUUGACGCAGGUGUGUGCGUGUGUGUCUGUGUGUGUGUGGUUGCUUAUAUGUUUAUAUUCAGCAUCCUCGAUCGUGCCAGCUAUGACGAGAUGGGCAAGGUCAAGCUAUGCAAUAGUAGGGAUUUCCUUCGGCCGACCGUUUCGUCCUGCAGGCGGAAACCAUCUGCCCAGACGAAGGAACCAGGACCGAUCAUUACUUCCCGAUCAAACAGCGAUCUACGAAGAGCUCGACGGUCUGCUGUGCCGAUAGCCGCCACCGCCGUAACAAACAUGCCAAAGCGCAGUCCAGCACCACCCAGAAACGGCAAUUGGUUCGUGCUUGCAACACUGCUGCUCGUGUAUUUCAUCGCAGUAGGACUGCUGAACGAUAAUCAAGGUGCAGAUGCAGCAACAGUCACCUUAGAACACUUCGGUUUACCUUCUGGUUCCGAUGCGUCCAGCUCAAUUCUGCUGCUCUUCACCACGUACUACGAUCUGCGCGUGAUAAACGUGUCCGUACAGCCGGCCACGAACACACUCAACUACACGAUGGAUGUCCUGCUGCAGGAUCUCAACGAAGCGUCGGCGAUGGACUUUUACCACGCGCGAGGGCUCGUAUGCUGGACGGAGAACACGCUCGAGGUCAUCCAGUGUGGCCGCACGAACGGUACGCUAAACGUAACGAACAAGACGACUGUGAUAACGGACGGGUUGGACAAACCCGAAGGGCUUGCGAUCGAUUGGUACACGAACAAGCUGUACUGGACGGAUGGGGAGUCGAAUCGAAUCGAGGUGGCGCAGCUAGAACCGCUGGGCGCGGAUGUUCCCGCCACCGGACGGCAACCGAAUGCACGGCUGCAGAAGGUGUUAAUCUGGAGCGAUCUCGAUCAACCGCGGGCGAUCGCACUGGUACCGGCCCGCCGCUACAUGAUCUGGACGGAUUGGGGCGAAAGUCCGAAGAUUGAGCGUGCCAGCAUGGACGGUGAUCCGCAGAGUCGCACGGUGCUGGUGAACGAUAGGAUAUUUUGGCCGAACGGGUUGGCGGUCGAUUUGGGGCAGGAACUGAUCUACUGGGUUGACGGCAAUCAGCGCUUUCUGGACGUGAUGGAUCUGGACGGUGGCAAUCGGCGGACGCUUGUGCGCGAUCUUGACUACCCGUACAGCCUAACGUUCACAUCCAAUUUCCUGUUCUGGACGGACUGGAAGGAUGGAACGUUACACUAUUACGACAUCCAGCGCAAUCAGCGCAAAGAGUUGCUGCGCAAGACGGAAGUUCCGAUCACGGUGCAUGCUUGGGACGGACGAUUGCAGCCAGAGGCAGAGACUGAUUCGGCAAACCCUUGCCGGCGUAACAAUGGCAACUGUUCCCAUCUGUGCCUGCUGUCAACGGUAGCACCGGCCGGGUAUAGCUGUGCCUGCCCUACCGGAAUCAAACUGCUCACCGCUACACAGUGUGCCGAUGGUCCGCAGGACAUGCUGUUCGUGGUGCAGCGUUCCCAUAUCAACAGGAUAUCGCUCGAUUCUCCGGACUACUCGAUUGUACCGUUGCCGGCCGGUAAGCUGCGAUACGCCAUCGCUAUCGAUUACGAUCCGGUAGAAAACUAUGUGUAUUGGUCGGAUAAGGAGGAGAGCGCCAUUAAGCGGGCCCGUGCCGAUGGGAUGGGUGGUCCCGCGGAGGAGGUCGUUACCGCCGAAAUACAAGCACCCGAUGGGCUGGCGAUCGAUUGGCUGGCACGCAAUCUGUACUGGACGGACACGGGCACGGAUCGGAUACAGGUAUGCCGUCUCGAUGGUUCCUUCCGGCGCGUGCUCAUCUACGACAAUCUGGUAGAGCCACGAGCGAUCGCGUUGGCGCCCACCCUCGGCUGGAUGUUUUGGAGCGAUUGGGGUGCCAAGGAACCGAAAAUUGAGCGUGCCUCGCUGGACGGAACCGAGCGGGUACUUAUCGUGUCGCAAAAUCUGAUCUGGCCCAAUGGCAUUGCGCUGGAUGUGGAGGCACGGAAGAUCUACUGGUGCGAUGCAAAGGCGGACACGAUCGAGGUAGCGAACAUGGACGGAUCGGGACGGAAUACGAUCCUCUCCGACAAUCUGCCGCACGUGUUUGGGCUGAGCCUGCUCGGUGACUACCUGUACUGGACGGAUUGGCAGCGACGAUCGAUUGACCGGGCGCAUAAGCUGACCGGUGCGGAUCGGACGACCAUCGGGGAGAACAUUGCCGAGCUGAUGGGCCUCAAAGUGACGCGGUUGCACCAGGUGCAGGGUACGAAUCCGUGUGCCGUAGGGAACGGUGGCUGUUCGCAGCUUUGUUUGAACCGGCCGCGCGAUUACGUUUGCCGCUGCCAGCUUGACUACGAGCUCGGACGUGACAAUCGGACGUGUUUGGUGCCGGCCGCGUUCCUGCUGUUCUCGAACCAUGGCAGUAUUGGGCGCCUUUCGAUCGAUAGCCACAACCACGCGGACUAUGCGCCGUUUCGGAAUGUAGUUGACGCGCAUUACCUUGACGUGGACGUAGCCGACAGGCGCAUUUAUUGGGUGAGCCAGAAGCAGAAGUACAUUUCGCGUGCCUACAUUAACGGUUCGGAUGUGCAGCGCAUCGUGGAGACGGGAUUGAUGCAGCCGGAAGGUAUCGCUGUCGAUUGGCUGGCGCACAACGUGUACUGGACGGAUGCGGAUGCGCGUCGCAUCGAGGUCGCCCGGCUGGAUGGCAGCAGUCGCCGCAUUCUGAUCUGGAAGGGAAUCGAGGAGCCGAAAAAUCUGAUUCUCGAACCCCGCAAAGGCCUAAUGUACUGGACCGAAUGGCCCUCGGAUUCGAUUCGCCGGGCGGCAAUGGAUGGCGGUGAUCUGUUGACGAUCAUUUCCGGUGCUAACCAUGCGAUCGGUUUAACGCUCGAUCCGGAUACGCGCCGGUUGUACUGGGCGCGCCAGACUUCGCCCACCGGCAUCGAAAGUGCUGACUGGGACGGUAAACGGCGGACACGGUUAGUGAUGGCGGACGCCGCCGACAGCAAUCGGUUCGUGCCGGUAGCCCUGACCAUCUACCAGGAUUGGGUGUACUGGGCCGAUUGGACGACGGACGAGAUUGGGCGGGCGAACAAGACCACCGGCGACAAUCGAACGAUCGUACACUCGAACCUGAAGUAUACGUACGCACUGCUCGCCUUCCAUGCCGGUCGUCAGUCGGGCUCGAACCAGUGUCGCACCAACAAUGGCGGAUGCACGCAUCUCUGCCUGGCGCAGGGCCAGCGCAAGAUGACCUGUGCCUGUCCGACGCAUUACACGCUGAACGCUAAUCGAGUGUCCUGCAGUCCACCGCGCAACUACAUCAUCUUCAGCCAGCGGAAUUCGUUUGGACGGUUCGUACCGAAUACGGUCGACUCGCCCGACAUCCCGCUGCCGGUGACGGGCAAAAACAUACGGGCCGUCGAGUAUGACGUCUUGACGCGCCACAUCUACUGGAUUGACGGACGUGGUCCAAUCAUUAGACGAGCUUUCGAUAAUGGCACGAACGCGAAAGUGUCGAUCAAUCCAACCUCCUCUCCGUUCGACAUGGCAAUAGAUCCGAUCGGUCGGCUACUCUUUUGGAGCUGUUCACACACAAACACCAUCAAUAUAACGACAUUGGAUGGAAACAUCGCCAGCAUCGGAAAUGUGGAUAUUGGCCGGACGGAGAAACCACGCAGCCUGGCACUGCACCCAAUGAAGCGGCUGUUGUUCUGGACGGACGUCGGAUCGGCCCAGUCGAUUACGCGCGCCAAGCUGGACGGUUCGCAGCGUGUCGAGCUGAUCACGAAGCUGGAAGGCAUACAGGCGCUGGCGCUUGAUCCGCAGCUGAAUCGUUUGUUUUAUGCCCACGGCAAGCGCAUCGACACAAUGGAUAUUAAUGGACAGGAUGUACGAACGUUGGUUGCGGAACACAUCAGCAUGGUAUCGUCGAUUGCAGCACUGGAAGGUUUCAUCUACUGGCUCGACGAGCGACCGGUGAUGGAGCGCAUUUCGGUACUGGGCGACAAUCGGCGGGUCGAGAUCCACAAGAACCCGCACAUGACGGACAUCGUAGCGGUGUGGACACCGGACGAGCGUGCACUGCGCAAUCACACCUGCAACACGGCCCGUGCUGAGUGCAGCCACAUCUGCAUCGGAUCGCCCGAUGAUGCACCGAGCGAGCAUGUGUGCGCUUGUCCGCAAGGUUUGAUGCUGCUGAAGGAUCGGCGUAGUUGCGGCGAGCAACCGAUCUGUGGCCCGGAUCACUUUACCUGUGCCGCGCCGAGCGAGCUGGCCGAUCGGGACGGCAACAAGGAGUGUAUACCGUCGUCCUGGCGGUGCGACGGCCAGAAGGAUUGCCCGGACCGUUCGGACGAGAUGGACUGUCCGACGUGCCGCGGUGAUCAGUUCAAGUGUCAGUCUGGCGAAUGCAUCGACAAGCAUCUGGUGUGCGAUGGGACGACCCAGUGCUUGGAUGGGUACGAUGAAGCGGUUUGCUGCAAGAACCCGGAAGAUUUCCAGUGCCCAACCAGUAAGGUGUGCAUCUCGUUUCACAACGUGUGCGACGGCGACGAGCACUGUGCGAAGGGUGAGGAUGAAGCGCCGGAGAUAUGUAGCGAGUACGGCAAUCGCCGGAUGACACCGAGCUCGAGCAAGAUCACGCUGCUGAUCGUCGUGGUGACGGCGGUGGCGGUCGUAUUUCUGGUCGUCUACCUGCUGCAAACGUUCCGCACCCGGUUCGGUACCGGUGGCGGUGGUCUCGAGCCGAAGGAGUGUGACCAGGCGGCCGCACCACUGUCCCCGGGUGGGCUGAACAAGAACAUACGCGUUUCGAAGCUGGCGUCCGUGGCGGAUGCGGUCCGUAUGUCCACGCUGAACAGUCGCGCUAGUGGGGGCAGCUAUGACCGCAAUCACAUCACCGGUGCCAGCAGUUCCACCACCAACGGCAGUAGCCUGAUCGGGUAUCCGCUCAAUCCACCACCAUCGCCGGCAACGACAGCCGGUUCGACGGGACGCUACUGCAACAGUAGCUAUCAUCCGUACAAGCACUACAAGAUCAUUAAUCAGCCGCCACCGCCAACACCAUGCUCGACGGACGCGUGCGACGAGAGUGAUUCGAACUACACCAGCAAAAGCAACCGCAGCCAGCGGUGUGGCGGUGGGCAUGGGUCCGGUACGACCGGCGGUGGCACUAGCAGCUCGGUCGGUAGUGGCAGCGGACGCCACGGGCACGAGGGGCGUGGUUCGCUGGCGGGAAAGUACAAGGAGCGUUGCUACGAUCCGGAACCGUACCCACCACCACCGACGCCCCGUUCCCACUAUCACAGUGAUAUUGGUGGCAUGUUGCCGGAAAGCUGUCCACCAUCGCCGAGCUCCCGCAGUUCGACCUAUUUCUCACCCCUGCCUCCGCCACCCUCACCGGUGCCUUCGCCCUCUCGAGGGUUCUCGUAGCAGUUAAAGAACGGAGACGACGACGAGGAUGAGGAGGAGGAAGAUGAGGAGGACAGAGAGCCGGAAGAGGAAGAUGAGGAUGAAGCAGUGUACGGUGGUGGUUCGUUUCCCGCACUGGCACAGGAACCCAUCGUCAGAAGAUAGAAACCGGCCGGCGUAGCAUCUUCCGUGUGUGCCAUUCGCCAGGUUUGUGGGGCGAAGGAUAGCCGUCGUCGUCGUCGUCUCCCGCUAGUUUGUAAGGUUUGUACACACCUAGCUAGUUUAAUAGGAACUGUAGGAAAUCGUUAUCGUUCUAAACCCCCCCCCCUCCCCUCCCCCUUCUCCACCUACCUUUCCUCGCCCCACGUAACAUGAAUGCCAACAGAAAGUGCCUCCAAAAUCGCCGUUAAGAACUAAACUAACUACCGUAAGCCGCCAUAACCAAAAAAGGUGUAAGUCGUGUGUGUGUAUGUAUGUAUGUAAGUGUGUGUGCUGCUUUAGCUUUAAAAAUCUCUGCAACAUUCGUCACCCUCACUGAGGGUGGGUGGGCGAUUAUGUGUUCAUCCCCCAUCUUGUACAUACCGUAUCCGCUACUAAGCUCAUGUGCAUUCAUUAGUUGUGUGCGUCUCGACCCCUUUUUCGGACUUUGACAGCAAAAAGCAAAAUUCCCCACCCAGGGUCAAUUAUCCAGUCUUCCAGAUGGUGUGCCUAAGCGAUGGGAAAAUUCAUUUUGUACCGGCAAACCAACCGUACGAGAGCGUUUUUCAAAAAGAUAGCAACGAAUGGAGGAUCUGUUUUAUGAUCGAUCGAAACGCAGCUAUAGUGCGGGGGGGAAAAAACCCCCCCGGGGUAGUAGAUUCCCAGUGAGAUAGGUGGUAUCGUUUUGUUAGUUGCUGCUGGCUGAAUAAGACUGACCUGUCCUUCUUUGCUCGAAGGACAUUCGCCUGCUGUUCGAUACCUUCCUUCCCCGUGGUACAAAAUGGAAACGAGAUUGUGUUUAGCUUCCCACUAAUCCCACUAAAUGUGUGUCUCCGAACGAUAUUAGAGAAUUGUAGGCGUAAUACAGGACGAUCGUGAGUAGCAUCAAGUAUCCACGCAGAAGGAUAUGCCUUAUAAUGCAUUUUUAAAUGAGAUUGUUUCCGGAAAAGUGCAUUCAUUACAGAUAACUAAUUUUUUGAAGCAUUUAGAAGAGAGAAUAUAUCAUCGCCGUUAGGGAAGUAGUGCCUUGCUGUUUGGCCUUCUACUUCUUUCUGUUUUGUUUACGUUAAGUAUUGACUCAAAUUAUGUCCUGUACAUAUUGUACCAACGAUACCAGAAACCCAUCACCAUGUAAUAAAACAGUGGUAUGGUAAUGAAAAACAGAAAA